AUGUUUUUCAAUAAUCUUCAUAAUAAUGGUAAAUCUGUGUUUACCUCUAAUUCCGAACAAUCUUUAAAGCCAAAGAAAGAAUCGCACGUAAGUGCAAGAGUUGGUGCAGAAUUUUGUUUAAAAACUCAAAUUCAACGAGGUGCUCCUUAUGGUUCUCUAAAAGGAUGUUAUGAGUUAAAGGGAAAUUCCAAUGAAACUUUUUUUGGACUUAGUUUGCUAAAUCGUCCAGGUCUAAGUUUUUCUAAUCCUUAUAAAGAUGAGUUUACGGAUGAAGAUUUGUAUCCUGCCUUGAUGGAUCCCAUAUCAUGUACUAUCCAUUGUGGUGACUUCUUUUUUAAAUAUGCUGCUCUCAAAAACGGAAAUGAGUGUUAUUGUGGAAACGAUACUAUUGAAUCAUCGUAUAAUCAAAUAAACAAUACAUUUUGUAAUAAAACUUGUGUAGGAUGUCUUGAUUAUAAUUGUACGUCUAAUGACAAGUGUGGUGGGGAAACUGUUUAUACAGUUUAUGAUGUAAAGAUUCCGGAUAACAAAGUGCCGACAGACGGAGGAAAUAUAAAUAUAGAAGAAAAACUUGACAUAAUUAGUAAUGUCAAAAAUAGUAGCAAUCCUCGAUAUGAACCUCGCUUUUUAAACUGUAUUAAAGAUAGUUCUGAUUGUUAUAAGAGGAUAUUAAAUAGUACUGAAGUGUACGAGACGGGAGUUGAUACAAUUGAUAAGUGCAUAAAGUACUGUAAUAGCAAAGGUAUCUUUGGAUAUGCAGGAUUAGAAGCAGGAAAUCAAUGUUUUUGCGGUAAUGAUUUUACUUCCAAAGAUAUUAAUUUAGAUCUAGAACAUUGCAGCUGUAGCUGCGUGGGUAAUAGAUCACAAAUAUGUGGAGGCUUUUUUGCGCUUAGCGUAUAUAAUGCUUCCAAGGUUGAUAUUAAAAAUGAGGGUGAUAACUCAACUGGUUUAUCCAAAAAAAAUAAAAUAAUUGUUAUAGCAGUAGGAUUAUUUGUAGGUCUAAUAGUCAUUGGUGUGGACAGUUUUGACAUGAAUAGGAUUCCGAUUGAUGGAAAUGGGAAGGAAUAUUGUUUAAAAACUCAAAUUCAACGAGGUGUUCCUUAUGGAACUCUAAAAGGAUGUUAUGAAUUAAAGGAAGAUUCUAAUGAAACUUUUAAUGGACUUAGUUUGCUAAAUCGUCCAGGUCUAAGUUUUUCUAAUCCCUAUAAAGAUGAGUUUACGGAUGAAGAUUUGUAUCCUGCCUUGAUGGAUCCCAUAUCAUGUACUAUCCAUUGUGGUGACUACUUUUUUAAAUAUGCAGCUCUCAAAAACGGAAAUGAAUGUUAUUGUGGAAACGAUACUAUUGAGUCAUCGUAUAAUCAAAUAAACAAUACAUUUUGUAAUAAAACUUGUGUAGGAUGUCUUGAUUAUAAUUGUACGACUAAUGACAAGUGUGGUGGGGAAACUGUUUAUACUGUUUAUGAUGUAAAGAUAUCAGAUAAUAAAGUGCCGUCAAACGGGGGAAAUAUAAAUAUAGAAGAAAAACUCGACAUAAUUAGUAAUCUCAAAAAUAGUAGCAAUCUUCGAUAUGAACCUCGAUUUUUAGCUUGCAUUAAAGAUAGUCCUCUUUGUUUUAAGAGGAUAUUAAAUAGUACUGAAGUCCAUGAGACAGGAGUUGAAGUUGAUACAAUUGAUAAGUGUAUAAAGUACUGUAAUAGCAAGGGUAUCUUUGGAUAUGCAGGAUUAGAAGCGGGAAGUCAAUGUUUUUGCGGUAAUGAUUUUACUUCCAAAGAUAUUAAUUUAGGUCCAGAACAUUGCAGUUCUAGUUGUGUAGGUAAUAGAUCACAAAUUUGUGGAGGUUUUUUUGCUCUUAGCGUAUAUGAUGCUUCCAAGGUUGAGGGUGAUGGUUUAUCCACAGCACAAAUAAUUGGUAUAUCAAUAGGAACGUCAGUUGGAGAAAUAUCAGAACGAGCAGAAAUUUCCAAGUGUUAUACUUAUAAAAAUGUAGAAGAUUCUUCUGUUAAAGGUUCUUUAAGUUUCGGAAUUCCUGGAGUUUGUGAUGAAGAUAUUUUUCUAAAAUUUUAA